UGAGUUCCACACAUGUACGAAGGAGUGGUGGUGAAGUACCUCCAUUAUAUCGUCUUUUUAAAUGUUUCAUAGCAGCACAGAGGAGGUGUCAACCGGCGGAAACUACUCGAAAUGUGGACACACUUUGGCGACUUCCCCGGUGGACAGAAGUGGACUCAACGAAACUACUUCGUACGGUCCCCCCUCAACCUCCUCAGAUUUUUGCCACCAAAGUGCAGACGAAAGCAGUACGAACUCCGGCCAUGGCCCCGCAUUACCCCGCAUGACCUCAGGUCAAUUUCAUCACAGCAUCACGACGGGGAGAACGAAUCCAAUACUCCUUACAACUACUUCAGAUAGCUCCUCCUUCCACAGCCAUGGAGGGACACCCAGAUUCAGGAGGACCCCAGUGUCUGCUGGGGCCACAGGCAUACAUUAUGCACACACACCACUGACUGAUCACACUGUGACAAGCAGCUCCUCUGCAAAUGCAACCUCGGCUGCCUCCGUGAUAGUGGCAGUAGUUGAAGGCCGUGGUUUGGCCAGAGGAGAGAUUGGCAUGGCCAGUCUCAACCUGAAAUGCCCAGACCUUGUGCUCUGUCAGUUUGCAGACACUGGGACCUAUGCCAAGGUCAUAACCAAGCUUCACAUCUUGGUGCCACUAGAAAUACUGAUGCCAGACACAGCUAGUGAAAAAGGAAAAGGGACCAAACUGUUCAACCUUAUCACUGAGAACCUUCCGGCUGUCGCUUUCACUGCAAUCCAAAGGAAGUAUUUUAAUGAGAGAAAGGGACUGGAGUAUAUUCGGCAGCUGUGUGCACCAGAAUUUGGCACUGUCCUCAUGGAAGUGCAAGCAAAAUAUUACUGCCUAGCAGCUGCAGCGGCUUUGCUAAAAUACUUGGAGUUCAUCCAGAACUCUGUCUAUGCUGCCAAGUCUUUAAAAGUGAGCUUUAAAGGGAGUGAACAGACGACCAUGAUUGACUCAGCAUCCGCCACUAACUUAGAGUUGGUGGUCAAUAAUAGAGACCACAGGAGUGACCACUCUCUUUUAGGGGUACUUAACCACACAAAAACCCCUGGUGGUGCUAGAAGAUUGCGCUCCAAUAUUCUGGAGCCUCUGGUUGACGUGGACACCAUUAACAUACGUCUUGACGCUGUGCAAGAGUUAUUGCAAGAUGAAGAGCUCUUCUUUGGUUUAAGAAAUGCCAUAGGUCAUUUCCUUGACAUUGACCAGCUGCUCUCUGUGCUCGUCCAAGUCCAAAAGCAGGAAACAGUUCAGGUGGCUGAAGCAAAGAUCACACAUGUCAUUCAGCUCAAACACACUCUGGAUCUGGUGCCAAGGUUACGGGUGGUGUUGAAGAACUGCAGCACAGCUCUACUGAAAGCUUACAGCACCUCAUUGGAAGACAACAGGUUUGAUCUGAUCCUUGAGCAGAUCAAGACCAUAAUUAAUGAUGAUACGACCUACCUGAAGGGGAGUCUGAACAUGCGCAUCCAGAAGUGUUAUGCUGUGCGCCCUAAUGUUAACGAGUUCCUUGACAUUGCCCGCAGAGCUUACACCGAGAUAGUGGAUGACAUUGCAGGGCUGGUCAACCAAAUGGGGGAGAAAUAUGGCUUUCCAAUGCGAACCAGCUUCAGCACAGCCCGAGGUUUCUUCAUCCAGAUGAAGCUUGAAGGCCUUGUUUUGCCUGAAGGGAAACUUCCCUCAGAGUUCAUCAAGGUAACCAAGCACAAGAACAACUAUGGCUUCAUCACAGCUGACCUGAUGAAGAUGAACGAUCGCUGCAAUGAGGCACUGAGGGAGAUCUUUCACAUAUCCUAUGUGGUGAUAUGUCAACUGCUGAGCACCAUCCAUGAGCACAUCCACUGCCUUUACAAGCUCUCUGAUGCUGUGUCCAUGCUGGACAUGUUGCUGUCACUUGCAAACGCAUGCACCAUCUCAGACUACGUACGUCCAGAGUUCACAGACACACUGGCAAUCAAGCAGGGCCGUCACCCCAUACUUGAGCGAAUUGCUGGUCAGCAGCCUGUAUCGAACAACAGCUACAUCUCCGAGGGCAGCAACUUUGUCAUCGUCACUGGACCCAACAUGAGUGGGAAAUCCACCUACCUCAAACAGGUGGCACUGUGUCAGAUCAUGGCUCAGAUAGGCUCUUUUGUCCCCGCUGACUACGCCUCCUUUCGUGUUGCUGACCAGAUUUUCACCAGGAUUGGUGUGGAUGAUGACUUUGAAACUAACUCUUCCACGUUCAUGUUGGAAAUGAAGGAGAUCUCUUACAUAAUCCACAAUGUCAGUGACAGAUCCCUGAUCAUCAUAGAUGAGCUGGGUCGUGGUACAAGUGCUGAGGAGGGUAUUGGUAUCUGCCACUCAGUCUGUGAGUUCCUCCUCGGCCUCAAGGCAUUCACCCUGUUUGCCACACACUUUCUGGAGCUGUGUCAAUUGGAGUCUCUUUAUCCCAAUGUGGAGAACCAGCACAUGGAGGUGCAGCACACACGCAGUAGUGGCACUGGUGCUGAAUGUGUGGUGUACACAUACUUGCUCACUAGAGGAUGCUCUGAGGAGAGACACUAUGGUUUGAGAGCAGCAGAAAUGACCGCUCUUCCUUCAGGUUUAAUCCAAGAGGCAAAGAUAAUUGCAUCUCAUGUUAUCCAGCAGCUUUUGGCCAAACAUCGCAGUGAUCCUGAAACCCAGAGGCAGAGAGCUGUGUACCACCUGGCUACCCGCCUGCUGCAGGCUGCCAGGAACUCCAAACUAGACCCAGACAGUCUGCGUAUGUAUCUGAAAGGCCUGAAGAAGCAGUAUGAGGCAGAGCUACAGGCUGCAGGACAGCCAGCCUCCAUGGACACCACUGACUGACUCAGUCCCACAGUGCGAAACAGAAAAAAACAAAAACAUACACUUAAAUAUCCUUGCGUGGUUACCAUUACUCAGCACACUGCUUACGGUCUGGCUUGAUUCGAUAUUAAAUGGAAUUCUUUAAAAUCUUUCCCCAGGAUUUCAAUAAAACAAGGGAGAUUGUAAUGGUUCAAAAACUGGGAUAGAGAAAUUAUCUACACAAAAAAUAAUAAUCUACAAUUGUUUUAUUUUAUAACUAUUACUAUCUUGUAAUUCAUGGUUUUC